GUGGUUGCCUAUUCCGAUGCACACCGGGAAAUGUAGUCCAGUUGCCAUUUGCGAAAGAAGGCGGUGGCGCGCUCUCAGUGCAUAUUGGGAGUUGUAGUUGGAGAGGUUCCGUGACGGUCUGGGUAACGCCUUCUGGUUCGGGGGGGUGGUCUGUUGUAGCACUGUAGACUGUGAGGUGGAGAAAUUGGCAACAAGGAGACUACAGCGAGGCCUGAAAGACUGCACAGCCGGGCAGGAGACAUGACUCGGAGUUGGGGGGCAGCCAGGCACAAUGUCUGAUAUGCCCCUGGGAACGUGACCGCUCCGAGACCGAUGCAGGACCUCACCGGACACAUCGAGUGAGCCUUGUCUUGGCGGGGCCUAAUUUCCAGCGGUCGGCUAGGCCUCACCGGAGCCCCAUUGCUGUGUGGCUGCUAUUCUGGAAUGAGGAGAUGGCGACCCCGAGCCCACUGCUGGAGCCAAAGCAGUUGCUGACAUUUGAGGAUAUGGCUAUGUUCUUCACCCAGGAGGAGUGGGAUUAUCUGGAUCCAUCGCGGAGGAGCCUGUAUAAAGAUGUCGUGAUGGACAGUUAUGGAAACCUGCUCUCGCUCGAUGUUUUAAACAGAAAUAAAGAUGAAGAGCCAACUGUGAAAGAGGAAACUGAGGAAGACAUAGAACCACCAGGUAUAAUAGUAACAAGAAUCAAAAGUGAAAUUGACCAGGAUCCUAUAGGUAGCGAAACGUUUGAACUUGUUGGUAGGUUAGAUAAACAAAGAGGGAUCUUCUUAUGGGAACUACCACGUGAAUCUCUGACCCAGGAACAGAAUAAGUUCAGAGGACACGCUAAUGUUCGAAAGAGACCGAACUCGGAAGAGAAGUGUCAUAAAUGUGAAGAGUGUGGAAAGGGUUUUGUCCGCAAGGCCCAUUUCAUUCAGCAUCAGAGGGUCCACACCGGUGAGAAGCCUUUCCAGUGCACCGAGUGUGGGAAGAGCUUCAGCCGGAGCUCCUUUGUUAUCGAACACCAGAGAAUCCACACGGGGGAGAGGCCCUAUGAGUGCAGUUACUGUGGGAAAACCUUUAGUGUCAGCUCCACUCUUAUCAGACACCAGAGAAUCCACACGGGAGAGAGGCCUUACCAGUGUGGUCAGUGUAAACAGAGCUUCAGCCAGAGACGGAGCCUUGUUAAACAUCAGAGGAUCCACACGGGCGAGAAACCCCAUAAAUGCAGUGACUGUGGAAAAGCCUUCAGUUGGAAAUCACACCUUAUCGAGCACCAGAGAACACACACUGGCGAGAAACCCUAUCACUGUACCAAAUGCAAGAAAAGUUUCAGCCGAAACUCACUGCUUGUGGAACACCAGAGAAUCCACACUGGAGAACGGCCUCACAAGUGUGCCGACUGCGGGAAAGCUUUUAGAUUAAGUACGUACCUUAUACAACACCAAAAAAUACACACAGGGGAGAAGCCUUUUCUUUGUAUUGAAUGUGGGAAAAGUUUCAGUCGGAGCUCAUUUCUCAUUGAACAUCAGAGAAUCCAUACUGGUGAGCGUCCUUAUCAAUGCAAAGAGUGUGGGAAGAGCUUCAGUCAGCUCUGCAACCUUACUCGUCAUCAGAGAAUCCACACAGGAGAUAAACCCCACAAGUGUGAGCAAUGUGGAAAAGCCUUCAGCAGAAGCUCAGGACUAAUUCAGCAUCAGAGAAUACAUAUCAGGGAAAAGACUUCUCCAUACAGUGAAGCUAAGGAAAGUUUUGAUCCUAAUGGCAAUCUUGAUACACAGCAGGACACCUACCCCAAGGAAAAAUCUUACAAGUGUGAGGAGUGUGGGAAAACCUUUAGUGUCAGUGCGCAUCUGGUGCAGCAUCAAAGGAUCCACACGGGUGAGAAGCCCUACCUGUGUACCGUCUGUGGGAAAAGCUUUAGUCGGAGCUCGUUCCUUAUCGAGCAUCAGAGAAUCCACACUGGUGAGAGACCUUACUUGUGCAGGCAGUGUGGCAAAAGUUUCAGUCAGCUUUGUAAUCUUAUCCGACAUCAGGGUGUUCACACCGGUAAUAAACCCCACAAAUGUGAGGAAUGUGGGAAAGCCUUUAGCAGGAACUCGGGUCUCAUUCAGCACCAGAGAAUCCACACAGGAGAGAAACCUUACAGGUGUGAGCAGUGUGACAAAAGCUUUAGUCAACAACGCAGCCUAGUCAACCACCAGAAGAUCCACAGAGAGGUGAGAGCCCAGGAAGUCUACGAGUGUGACGCUUGUGGUGAAGCCUUUCAUUGUCAGCUGUCUCUAAUUCAACAUCAAAAGUUGCAUAUUCUGUGGAUGCAGUAAAAUUAGAGACACUUGUAUGCCCAAACUUGAGACUAGCUACCGAAGUGCAGUUUUAGUAUGGCUCCAGUGUGGGUCAGAUAUAGUGAUAAAGCAAUUUUUCCUUGGCCUUGUGCACAUAGUUUCUAAAGAUCCUAUGAAUAGUGGACAGUGCCUGUGGAAAACUGACCUAGCGAUUACUCUUGGGUUUGUACCCACAGAUUUGUUGGUCUGUCUAAACCUAACCUUUUAGGAGAGUUGACUGGACAAAUCAUAAAUGUUCUGAAAGACCAAGUGAAUUAAUGCAAGGGAACUAGGAACAACUGAUAGAAGCUGGAAAUAAUUCAGAAAGUCUUGUGUUCCCAUCUCCUUGUGUUCCCUUCAGUUCCAUGAUGCUUGACUCUACAAGUCAAACCCCAAUGAGUCAUCAAAUGUAAUUUGGGGAAGUCCAGAUGUGCUCACAGUCACUAUACACUCUAUCACUGUCUAAAACAGUUGUGUGGAAAAUUAGUUGUGAAAGGUGGGAGCUCCCCUGCUUCCCUGGGUGAUAAAGUGAGUGAAUCAAGUUGUAAAGGUCUUUGUAGGCAAUUAAACCAAUAAAGUUACCAAGGAGUCUGGGAGUCUUCCCCUGACCCUCAAAAUGGGCCCCAAAAGAUAGAAGAUUACUGGUUUAUUUUGUGCUGUGCCAUCUCUUAAAUUUGCAUGUAAUACUAUAUCAAUAUAAAUUUAUUCCUGCAUAAUCAGGAAAAUGUGAAAGAGUACAUAUUUCGAUUACCAAGAAUUGGACAUAAAAAAAGACCUAAAGUAUAUGCUAAAAAGAUUAGAUAUUUUGGUAUUUCUUUAAGUUUUAUGGUAGAUUUACAUCCAAGUUUUAAAUCUUUAUUCUUAAUUCUAGGUCUUUCUUUAGUUAAAACUUAUAUACUUAUUAAUUUAUAUAUCUUAAUCAUUAAAACCUAUUUGGGUUUUGGCUUUGUGUCUUUAGUUGCUUUAGGAUAAUAUCAGCCCUAAUAGACUUCCGUGUUUUGAAAAUCGGAGUGGAAGGUUUGAAGGAAAUUUCUAUUGUUUUCUCUGUGACACAUUAGCAUUUUUCUGGAGUACUUUAACAUAAGAUUAAAUCUGGGUACUUCAAUACCUGAGUAUAGAGUUCUAAAUCAUCAGAACCUUGACCCUAAUGCUGUUAAUUUGAGCAAAUGUUUUUCUACAUACCACUGUCUUAAUUAGGGUUUCUAUAGCUGCGACAAAACACCAUGACCAGAAAGCAAGUUGGGGAAGAAAGGGUUUAUUUGGUCUGCAUUUCCACAUUGCUGUUCAUCACUGAAGGAAGUCAGGACAGGAACUCAAACAGGGCAGGAUCCUGCAACGGGAGCUGAUGCAGAGGCCAUGGAAGUGUCCUCCUUACUGAUUUACUGCCUAUGGCUUGCUCAGCCUGCUUUUAUAUAGAACCCAGGACCACCAGCCCAGGGAUAGCACCACCCACAAUGGGCUGGGCCCUCCCCCAUUGAUCACUAAGUGAGAAAUGCCUUACUCAUUGACGGCAUUUCUUGAACUGAAGCUCCUUCCUCUUUGAUGACUCAAGCUUGUGUGGAGUUGACACACAAAGCCAGCCAGUACAACUGAUCCCUUGUCAACUUGACACAAGCACAUCACUAUUAAGCCACAAUCCUUCCUUUCUUAUUCACCCCCAAGAUCUCACAUAAACAAGACAAAUAACUUUCAAAGUCUUUACAAAUUUAAAUACAUUAAAAUUUCAUCCCCUUAAAAUAUCCAAUCUCUUAAAAAUUCAGAGUCUUUUAAAAUUCAAAGUCUUUCAACUGUGGGCUCCAGUAAAAUACGUUCAUGCAAGAGGAAAAAAUCAGGGCACAGUCACAGUCUGAACUAAGAAAACCAAGCUCCAGUAGUAUAAAUAAUUCAAUGUCCAAUUAUCUGGGAUUCACUCACGAUCGUCUAGACUCCUUCACAGGUCUUGGGUCACUUCUCUGUCUCUGCCCUUUGCAGCACACACAGCUUGUCUUCUAGGCUCCUGCUGACCCCACACUGCUGCUGCUGUUCUUACUGGUCUUUCCUUGGUUCUUGCUCUCCUUGCUGCAACUGGGCUGCACUUUCACCAGUAGCCUCUCAUAUGCUCUUUUCAUGGUGCCAGUCCUCAGCUUCCUUUGCAUGACCCCUUCAGUCCUGGGCCUUCAACUGCUACUGAAGCUGCACCUUCACCAGUGGCCUUUCCUGGCCUCUCACACUGCCAAGCCUCAGCUGCUCGUCAUGACCCCUUCAUGCCUUCAAAAGCAGCACCACCUGGGUGAUGCUUAUACAUUACCAACACAAGGUACAACCUGCUGCUGCCAACACAAGGUACAACCUUGGCUGCUUCUGGAACAUGGCUUCUCUGCAUUCUCAGGAAACACUUCCCAGAAGAUUUCACCUCGAUGUUUGUGUCUUCUUAAUUACUGCUAAUUUCUCAGCUCCAGCUGGCCAGCAUCGAGUAUUGCAGCAAAGCGAAGUUUUCCUUCAGUAGUUCUGGUAUCUUGUUAAUCACAGCUGAUUCUUCAGCCCCAGCUAACCAGAACCACAGAAUUUUAAUUCAAAAGAACAAAUGGCCCUGAUAGAGUCUUUAAACUUCCCCCUGAAUCUUCACAAGCCAGGCCUCCAUCCCCUACACUGCUCUUGACAUUCUUUAUCUCCCAAGCUCCUAAAGAACAUCCCACUUCGCACUCAAUGGUUCUUCUAGCCUUAAGUUCCAAAAUCUUUCCACAUUACUCCCUAAAGUGGUCAGGUCUCUCACAGAUAAAUAACUCCACAUUUGGUACCAAAAUCUGUAUUAGGGUUCUCUGGAGUCACAGAAAUUCUGGAAUGAUUCUCUCUACAUGGAGAGUAUAUAUAUGAUUUAUGCUGAUUUAGAGGCAGCAGUCCAAUAGCUAGCUGUGCCGAGAAGUUGUACAAUCUAGUACUUUCUCAGUCCCAUGAGGUUGGGUGUCUCAGCUGGUCCUCUGUAAAUGCUGGAAUCCCAAGGAAGUAGGCUCCAAUGCCAGUGAAGGAUUGGAUAGGCUGACAAGGUGAGGGCAAGCAGGUGAAAAACACACAAACACUUCCUGCCAUCGUCUUUAGAUAGGCGUCCAGCAGAAGGUGUGACCCAGAUUAAAGGUGUGCCUUCCCACCUUAAGAACCAGAUUAAAGGCAUGUGCCUUCCAGCCUCAAGAUUGGAUCAAAGGCGUGUAUGUUCUCUUCCUGCUUUGAGAGCCGGAUAACAAGUGUGCCCUCCAUUUCUGGAUAGCAGUUUAUUCCAGAUAUUGUCAAAUUGACAACCAAAAAUAGACAUCAAAACCACACAUUCUAAAAUUCAUUCUCAAGCAUCCUUCUUGCCUCAAAUACUGUAUGUGUUCAUAUUGUGUGUUUACGUAAAUGUUGAGACUGUAUAUAUGCGGUAAUAUACCUGUACAUUCUGUUA